AAAACUACGCCUCCCAGAAGGCAACGCGGGGCGCUUUCCCUCCCGCCUCCUCGGGCUCCUCUCUCCCCGCCCUCCCUAGAUGAAUGACUAAUCCAACAUGUUGUGGCUCUGAUGUGCGGCGAGUAUCGGGAGGGCUCCUCUUCUCUGCCCCCCCGGCCCGCGCGGGUGCUGCUCUCGAGUUCCGGCCGCGGUGGUUCCCGAGCUGGGCCGGCGAAGUCUUAAUUGCUAACUUAAAGAACAUUCCAGCAAUGGAGGAGGAGCAACAGCAAGAGGCUGCCGCAGAAGCAGGGUCGUCGCCUGAUGCCCAAGGAGAUGGUCCAAAAGAUGAUUCAGACAAUACACCAAAUAUAUCUGAAUCAGAUGCUUUAAAAAUACUUUUGGAGAUGAAGAUGAAGAAGAGGCAGAAGAAGCCCAGUCUCCCAAGCACUGUGACAGAACUUGCAACCGAAGAGGGCUCCAAAGUCUAUGUCGUUGGCACUGCCCACUUCAGUGACAGCAGCAAAAGAGAUGUAGUAAAGACAAUACAAGAGGUACAGCCUGAUGUAGUGGUGGUUGAACUUUGCCAGUAUAGAGUUUCUAUGUUAAAAAUGGAUGAAAGGACGUUACUAAAAGAAGCCAAAGAAAUCAAUCUGGAGAAACUUCAGCAGGCUAUAAAGCAGAAUGGUCUUAUGUCUGGAUUGAUGCAAAUGCUCCUGUUGAAGGUCUCUGCACAUAUCACCGAACAGCUUGGAAUGGCUCCUGGAGGAGAAUUCAGAGAGGCUUUCAAAGAGGCAAGCCGAGUACCUUUUUGCAAGUUUCAUCUUGGGGACAGACCAAUCCCAGUCACCUUCAAGAGAGCCAUUGCUGCACUUUCUUUCUGGCAAAAAGUCAAGCUUGCUUGGGGCCUGUGUUUCCUCUCUGAUCCAAUCAGUAAAGAUGAUGUGGAAAAAUGUAAGCAAAAGGAUUUGCUGGAGCAAAUGAUGGCAGAAAUGAUUGGAGAAUUUCCUGACCUCCAUCGAACAAUUGUUUCUGAAAGAGAUAUCUACUUGACGUACAUGCUGAAGCAAGCAGCAAAGCGAACAGAACUACCUCGUGCUUCUGAAGCUGAACCCAGAAGAUGUGUCCCCUCUGUUGUCGUUGGAGUGGUUGGAAUGGGUCACGUGCCUGGAAUAGAAAAGAACUGGAACACUGACUUGAACAUCCAGGAAAUAAUGAGUGUGCCUCCUCCAUCAACUGCCAGCAAGAUCCUCAAGCUUGUCAUAAAGACUACUGUAUUUGGACUAAUGGGUUAUGGCUGCUAUCGGGUGGGACGAAGGACAGUUCAGCUUAUUCUCUCCUUGCCCGUUGCCCAGAACUAUCUUCAGAAACUGGCAGAUGUAAAACCUCAGCCUUGAAUUGGAAGACUGUGAUGUAUUGGGGCAAAAUGCAAGAGGGAUAACAACAAGGGAUAAAAUUACUGUGUCUCUGCCCCAUGGUUUCACCUGAUGCUGUGUUACCACAUAAUCCAUGGAUUGACAUUAAAGGCUACACCAGCUACGACCUAACUGAAUGAGCAUUCACCAAUCAACCUGAUUAAAUGUGUGGCAUAAAAGUAUAUGCCGGUAUAAGGUACCUAAAGUAUGUACACAUAUAUUAUAGUAUUAUGUGUAUAUAACAUAUUUAUAAAGAUUAUGAAAGUGUACAGAAACAACAAGGAGUGUAAUAUUGAUGGACGCAAUCAACAAGUGAUUUUUGUUGUGCAAGUGUCAUUUAAAUGAAUCCAAGUUGUAAGAGGAUUCUAUUCUUCAUUUCACUGAGGCUUGCACAAAAGUACUUGCUUGUGAAUUUGGUCUAGAGCAAUGUUAACUUGGAGGGUUUUUUUGGAAUACAGUUUACAGAAUCUCUCAGCCAGCAUGGCUAUUGAAGGAUUCUGGAACUUGUGCUUCAAAAAUUUCUUCUCCAGGCUCUGGUGAAGAGGAGCAAUAUGCUAGUUGUGUUCCUAUUAGAAAGCACAGGGGCCUUCAAAGCCAUGUGUUUUUUUGGUAUUAAUAAUAGCAAGUUGUCCUUCCUGGUGCCAAGCACCUAUUAAAAAAUAUUUAGAAGGACCUCUUCUUACUGGAAGACUUUUCUACAUAGUGGCUUUUUUGUAAAAAGACAAAAGAAAAAAACGCAAAACAAUAAAUACUGCAAAAGCUUUUGAAAUAUCAAAUGUGCUAGCUAUUGUUGAUUGACCUCUAUCUCUUAUAAGCCUUACUGACUACAAAAUAAAGAAGUUGCCUUUUCCAUUGUACCAAGUGGGUCUGAUCCAGCCAAAUUUAAACACCAAAAACCACCCGUUUUGAUGGAAAGUCCAUCCGCUUCAAAUCUGUUUAAUUGUGGCUGGGUUGUUCCAUUUGCUUUUCUGGCCUCCUUAAGAGGCCUCCUUUUUUCUUGAUUGAAAAAGUUCAGCUGCAAUCGCUCUGCUUUUCUCUUUCCAUUUCAAUUGCUGCUGGUUAAUUAUGUUUACAGAGUACACAGUUCCUCUUUGAGUAAUUGUGUUCAGAUUGUUACGCCAAUUCCUAUUGGCAGGAAAUUUAGUACCAGAAAAUCAUUGAGGAACUCACUAGCGCUUGCUUCAGCCUGGUGUUCUUGAGAGAUGAUGAACUGCAACUCCCAUUGUGCUAGCAGCUCUGCUUACUGCUCUUUAUGGAAAUCAACCUUCACCACAUCUGAAAAACACCACGUUGUUGAAGGCUGCUGUAGAUGUUUUGACUCGUCUCCUUUGGGGAAAAAUCAACAUGGAACUGAUGCAAAUGUCAUAUUUACCCUUUAUUUCUUGGAUGCCAUGUGAGCUAUUUAUCAUAGUUCUAGUCGAAUGUAAUAAAAUACUGAUUCAAAAAUAAGUGGAAUGUUACACUAAUAGAAAUCAAUCAGUAUUUGGGAAACAUCUGGGGUUUUUGCAUGUAGCGUCAUUUUACAAUUGUUCCAACUUUUUUAACAUCUACGUUUAUUUUUAAAAAAUGUUUUGUCAUGUAUCUUUUGUAGACAUUUAUAUGCCCAUACGAUUGCUUCUGAGUGUGUCUUACUUGAUGACAUGCCUACCGAAUUCCAACGUCAUAAAAAUUGUGACGGUUGCAUUGCCCUGUAAAAAUAUCUUGCCUACUGUAUUUUUUAUACAAACGCACAAUGUCUGACGAAAAUGCAAUUUCUAACCUUAAUCAUCCUUUCCCUUCCUCUUCCUUUGGGAAGAUGUAAUUUGAAUACUAAUCUCAAUAAGAUCCAUAGCUUGGUUGUGUCUUGGGGGGAGGGGGGGGGGAGUUUCCUAAGCCAUUGUGCAAAAGAUACCAUUGCAGCUUGUCUUUUGAAACGCUCAUAUGCAUGUCUUAUUUUUUAAUUGCUGGGCAUAGUCUAGCAGAUGUAAGCACAUUUAUGUCCCACUGUAAAACCAGUAGGUCUUUCUUGUAAUUAACCAUGUUACAAUCGUGCCUGGUUUGGAUUCUUACCUUUAAAGAGGCAGUAGAUUUGAUCUCUUACUGGUAAUAAUGCAUAACAUUGCUUAGGGAAGUCCCUAAUGAUCUGAAUGGGACUUACAAUUAUUUAUGAUGGAAUUUAUGGACGAUUGAUACAAAUUAGUUGUACUAACUGACCCAUUUCUUUCCAUCAUCCACCCAUAGACUGUACAUUCUGACAUCACUGAAACUUGACCAUUCUUUUAAAAAUCAUGUAUUAGAAUUGUAUCUGGGAUGAGGAAAAAAACUAGUACUCCAAGUUAAUAAUGUUUGAGACUUAAUUCCAGUCACUGAAUUGAAUUAUUAUGUCCAGAGGACACAUUUUUGAAAUGGUAAACUAUACUAACUGCAAGCCUUGUAUGAGUAAUUAUCUUUAUACAUACCCUCCAUGACAAAUCAAGUUCCCUACUUGCUCAAUAGAAGGUAAAAGGUAUAAAUCCACCCAAAAUGUGAAGAGAACUAAAAGAUGAUGUUGUCAGUUUUUUUCUAUCUCAUACAGGUUGACUGAUGGAUGGCUUUUUGGGGAAAGGAAGGAGACAUUGAGCUUGAGAGUACCAUAUGUAAACAGUUAUUUUCUAAUUGGAAUAAUUGCCCAAACAGAGUCUCUCUUUCUUAAAACAUUAAGGUGGUAAAGCCUCUUCUUACUAAAUCUCUCUGCCAGGAUUUAUUUGGGUUCUUAUACUAACAGAAGAGAUCCAUCUUGGAAUCCAGGAAAGGGUGAUUUUCUUCUCCUAUCAGACUGAAAACUCUGCUUUAGAUAAUUUCUUAGCCCCCUAGAGGAGAUACUAAAGACAUGUGGGACAUUUUAUAGAAGAAAACAAUAUUUUUCCAUUAGUACAACUUCUCAGUGUAAUCUUGGUCCCAAGAGUUAAGAAAUAAACGGAUGCUUUAGAAUGAUAAUCCUUCCAAAAUUACUGUACUCUUGGGCUACAAGUUAAACCAUGGGAUGGAGAAGGUAUCAAGCUUAACAUCUUUAAACAAAACAUAUCAGAAGCCUGUAAAUCUUUUUUUAACCUGGUCUCCUACUGCCAUCUUGUAGCUUUGAGUAGAUUAUGUUUGCUUUACAGUAUUGAGAAUUGAAAGGCAAAUGGCAAAUAUAUGAGCCUUAAACUUGAAUGGACUAAUGUUAAAUGAGGUACGGGAGGCACAAUUGUGCUGUAUUUCCACAUGCCAAAAAAAUAAAUAAAAGAACAAUAAUAAAAUGGCUACCUGUGCACAGGCAUUUCA